AUGGGAGAAAAAUGGAAAAGACAGCAAAAGCUUCAGAAAGUUCCACAGAUUCCCUGCAUUCGAGUCCCUCCCUCUUCCUAUUACACUUCAUUAAUGAAGGACCUGACUCCAGGGCAGCAGCGCUACUUUUACAGCAUCACGAAGAUUUACAACUCCAGGCCCCAGUGGGAGGCCCUGCAGACCCACUAUAUUCACAGCCUUCAGCACAAGCAGCUGCUUGGUUAUAUAACUCAAAAGGAGGCCUUGGCUUGUGCUGCUGUACUUAGAGAUUCAACCCAGAAAGCCUCGGCCAAGGGAGCUCCUCAUAGAACCAUCUCCAGAAGGGCUUCAAUCAUGACAAGAACAUGGUUGUCAACACUCCCUGUGUCUGUGGUUCCACCCAGGACCAAAAGCGCAGGGCUCUGAUCCUUUGGGAACCAUGACUUCACAAAGCUGUAAUAGGCUGUUUGCUCAUACCAGGGUUGGUAUCUAGUGAGUGCUUAGUGUAUAUUUGUUAAAUGAGCAUAAAAAAACUUGUAAUACAAAA